AAACAAACCGGGUCAUAGCGAAAGAGGGCAUCUCCAUUAACGUUGAGCGUCUCGUCAUCAUCUGGAGCAACAACUACAACUACUACCAGUGUCAAAAAUGGCCGCAGCUCUCUUAGCUCGCAAAUCUCUUUCUGCUUUUCGUUUUCGUCACCUCGCUCUGGCAGGACAAACAUUGCAAGGUCCUAACAUAUGUGGGACGGUUUCUGGUGCACGCUCGUUUGCAACUAAGCACUCUUUUUCGACUGAUAAAGAUGAUGAGGAAAGAGAGAAGCUUGCAAGGGAAAUCUCCAAAGACUGGAGUUCAGUGUUUGAGCGGAGCAUUAAUACACUUUUUCUGACCGAACUGGUUAGGGGUUUGUCUCUGACGCUCAAAUACUUCUUUGAGCCAAAAGUUACCAUCAACUAUCCUUUUGAGAAGGGUCCUUUGAGCCCACGUUUUCGUGGUGAGCAUGCUCUCCGACGUUAUCCAACUGGAGAGGAGCGUUGUAUUGCCUGCAAACUUUGUGAAGCUAUAUGCCCAGCUCAAGCUAUCACUAUUGAGGCCGAGGAACGAGAAGAUGGGAGUCGUAGAACAACGAGGUAUGAUAUUGACAUGACUAAGUGUAUCUACUGUGGAUUUUGCCAAGAAGCAUGCCCUGUUGAUGCAAUCGUUGAAGGUCCCAACUUUGAGUUUGCUACUGAGACUCAUGAGGAACUCCUAUAUGACAAGGAGAAAUUGCUGGAAAAUGGGGAUAGGUGGGAAACCGAGAUUGCUGAGAAUCUUAGAUCAGAAAGCUUAUAUCGGUAAACGUGUUUUGCCUUUUUAAUCUUCUGAGAAUAAAGUGUAUGGUGAUAUUGUUAUAUGUUUUGAUCAUGCCCUGUAAGAUCUACAUGCCUUGAGGUUGUAAAAGGUUGAGAUAGUUAAAGGCAAUAACGACUGUUGUGACUUUCUUUAGACGAAAUACGAGCAAAUGGACUUGUAAGUAGUCGCCGUGAUUGCAUUUCACAUUUUCGCCUUUAUAUGAAGGUAUGAUGCUUUCAAGACAA